CAGUGCAGUGCAAAAGGGCCAACUCUUAGGUCAACCAACACAACGUUGUCUUUCAGAAGUCCUGUAUCACUAACCUGAGGACACAACGACUCGAAGCUGGAAGGAGAGAGUUGGAAAGACAGUCAUCAUUCAACUCCUAUAAAGAUUCAACACAAGCACGCCUCGAAACAAACAGGCGGAGCUUGCGUACUAGCACCCUGUGCUGCAGAUAGAUCGCGCACCAGUUGCACUUUGAAUGAUAGUCCAGGGGCUGGUUAUCCACCAGAAAGCAGAGACUUCAUAGAAAAUGGAAGAGCAAGGCGGCAGUGGGUGCUCACAGGCAGACCAAGUGCAACAAGAUCUCGGAUCGGGGCAGAGCGAUUUCGAGCCCGCAUCGGAGUCAAUGGCGGGUGUUCCAUCGCUCUGCCGUAGCCCCGACGCCAUGAUAGAGAUAGUGGUGGAGAUUGCAAACGGUGACGAGAUCGCCAUGAAGAUGACGCCCACCAGCACCAUUGGCGACGUGAAGGAGCUAAUCCACACCAAAGCCGGCAUUCCGGGACACUCACAGUGGCUGUACUAUGAAGGCGUCCUGCUCACUAGCGACACGAGUUCACUUCGACACUACGAUAUCCAGCACGGCGCCACACUACACUCCAUGGCCAACGCAAUACAGAUAUGCGUGACGACCAGCAAUGCGGAUAGAAUCAUUUCCCUACGCGGAGAACCGGGCGAUACCAUAAGCCAGAUCAAGGCACGCAUCCAGUUUCGCGAGGGAAUUCCAGUCCGCCAGCAGCAUUUCUUCUCCACGCUAGGCAACCCACUGGAGGAUAGCCAGACGUUGAGAACGUGCGACGCUGCUGUAGAGCAGGCCAGGAUGCAAUUGAUUAUGCACCUUCAAGACUCUGUGGACGUGCCCAGCGGACAGCAAUCACGGACCGGUAGCUCUCUCCGUCCAGACCCAGGGUGGAAUGAUGAUAAUUUUGGUAAUGCUGGUCUCGCUGAAAAGGAUAGUCGGAAAGCUCUUGCCAACAGCGGUCCACAGCGUCUCCAGUUUUCAGACCAAACACCCAAUGGUGAGCUCAAACCGUGCCAGGACAAGCACAAAACACCGCACGACAACUGCGUUCUUCGGCCCUCUCAUCAGAUUAGUUUGUUUGUGAAACCUUUAACCGGGGAAGCAGCAAGACUGACCGUAGAUUCGAAAGACACCAUUCGAAGUGUCAAGAUGAAGAUCCAACAUAAGUUGGGAGUUCCUCCUGACCAGCAGCGUCUGAUUUCCGCAGGAACUCAACUCAUCGAUACUGAAGCGCUGAGUGAAUAUAAUAUUACGGCUGAGUCGACACUGCACUUGAUCGUCCGCCUUGUAGGCACCAUGAGCGUGCAUGUACAGGCCGCCGAGACCGGCGAACGGUUAACGCUGAGCACCGAGCCACUGGACACUGUCGACAGCGUCAAGGUCAGGCUUUGCAACGAGCUGGGUCUUCCACCGAAGCUUCAUCACCUGUACUUGGCCGGAAAGCAACUUGACGGAGAUCGAACACUGAGCGAUUACAAUAUCUCCGGUUGCUCCACCCUCCGCAUGAAGUCCCUCGAAGCGGCGAGGUCCGCGGAACUGUGGCCGGUCAAUGAGGUCACCUACCCGAGGGAUGCGGCCAUAUCUACUGAACGUCCAAAAAAUGCGUCCCUUCGUUCUCAUGAUGACGUCAAGACCAAAGUCCAGCAGUGCGCGAACCGUUCAGAGCGUAAACCGCUCGCUCCCUGCACAGCGCUCCUCCAGAAAGCCGUGCCAGACCCCGCCACCAGAAAGCAGAUUAUCCGGCCCAGAAAAGAGGAGCAAAGGGCACAGCCGGCGCUUGCGGAGAACGCCGCCAGAGGAACAGAGCAAGCCACCAGAGGAACAAGAACGGUCAACCGUGGUAGCCACUGCGAUGCCAAUGCUGGAGCAAAAUUGGUUGCAACAAACAAACAGAAAAAACAGCAGCAGAACUUCGGGUCUUCGCUUGUACAUCAGAAAGCUGAGUCUGAGAGCAACCGUGGCCCAAACAGUGCCAUCAAUCAUUCUAGCGAGGACUCUACCGAUAAUGCGCCGGUGACACGCAGCCCUGACAUUACAUCGCAGGCGGCUAGAUCCACUCCAACCCCUUCAGAACGUCCUCUACUGUUAAUUCCACCUGGAAAGUGGACAGUACAACACCUGAACGAAAGUGAUCGUCAGCACAGGAAGCGUACUCGAAGACCUGCCUCCGAACCCUCUUCUUCAUCCGGAAUUGGCAGUGGCGGGGGUAACUCGACAGCUAGCCCCGGAGCCAGCUGCUGCCCGAUCCCAGUGCACUGGGAUGCCUCACUCCGCCAACUCAGCUGGAUGGUGCAGGAAACGACGAGAAUUCCACGACAUGAACAAGACGUGUGGGUGACCAGUCGUAGGGACCCUGGAACGUCCGUGCUCAUCUCCACUAUGGAGGAUUGUCUGCCAAGCCAUGCACACUGUGAUUGUCGUGAGAGCAGCUGUGCGCAAGAACACGAAGUCGAACAAGGGUGGAGAAGCUUGGCGCUAGCCUUCGCGCUGCUUUGCACAGCAUUACUUGCCUCUGGCGCAGUUAAUCAGCUCGAGGGCUUGGCCGCAGCAAACCAGCAAUCAUCAGCCUUGGGCCAAAGGCACACGGUCAAAGUUGGGGAUCGUCCUAGCCGUACUGACAGAGGAAGGGUGAGCACCGUGGACAGACCACUCAAUGACAUCCCGGACUUCUUCGAGCUGGGUGAAGAGAUCCGCAAGUUUCUCAAUCGAGUGCAGUGCGGAGACCUCGCUCGCGGGAUGGUGACAAAAAACGGUGACAACUCAAACAACUUCACUGAUACAAUAUGUCGCUACAUUCGGAAGAACAAGUAUGGUGAGGAGUCACCAGAGAAUGUCCCAGGGCUCCUCUUUUACUUCUGCUCAAAGGAAGUAAAAACGUGCGGAGACUUGCUUGACUUGAUCAAGAAAGUCAAUCCAGGUGACUGUGAAAAGAUCAAGAAACUGAUCAUUGAUGCCCUACCAGAUGCAGACUGAGCUGUUGGCAAGAGCGAAGGGUGCCGGCCAAGAACAGUACUCUCUCCACGACCGCAGCGUGUUCUAGACCCUCUUUGCCCUGGGUCGUUGCACAGCAGGACUGUUCAAUGAAUCAUCG